AUGUUCAGAUCAAUUGUGGGAGUUUUCACAUUGGCCAGUCUAACGGUCGCUCAUGGGGACUAUGAUCAAAUCCCCAUGGCAGGCCCACAUAAAGACUUUUGGUACAACACUCUACCUGGGGAUGGGGGCACUCAGGCUGAUUCAGUUUUCUCUGGAAUAUCCACCUUCGGUCGCUUGCCUUAUUCUCCUUGCCUGUCCACCGAUGAAGUGAAAUACGAUAUUGCUUUCCUUGGUGCUCCUUUCGAUACCGGAACCUCAUACCGACCUGGUGCACGAUUCGGACCCAGCGGCAUUAGACAAGGGUCUCGUCGUCUCAAUCUUUAUGGGGGUUACAAUGUGCCACUUCAGGCUAACCCCUUCUCUGGUGACAUGAAGAUCCUCGACUGUGGAGAUAUCCCCGUCACCUCGUACGACAAUGAAUGGGCUAUUCAGCAAAUCGAAGAAGGACACAACAGCGUACUGAUGCGCAGGCCUUACACGGAUGCAGAUAAGAAAGGCCUUUCCAGUGCUGGCAAGACUCUCCCUCGCGUUAUCACCCUGGGGGGAGAUCACACUAUAACUCUACCCCUGCUGCGGAGCAUCAAAAGAGCCUAUGGACCUGUUACCGUGAUACACUUUGACAGCCAUCUUGACUCGUGGAAGCCAAAGGUGUUUGGCGGAUCUCCAAGUGAGGUUGCCGCCAUCAACCAUGGAACCUACUUUUACCAUGCUGCCAUGGAAGGCUUGCUGAAGAACGAUACCAAUAUCCACGCCGGUAUCCGCACGACUGUCUCUGGGCCCUCUGAUUAUGAGAAUGACGGUUACUGUGGCUUUGAAAUUGUCGAAGCCCGAGAAAUUGAUACAAUUGGUACCGAUGGUAUAAUCAAAAAGAUCCGGGAUCGCGUUGGCACCGAGAACCCAGUGUAUCUCUCUAUUGAUAUUGAUUCCAUUGAUCCUGCAUUCGCACCAGCAACUGGUACCCCGGAGACUGGCGGGUGGUCCACCCGUGAACUAAGAACCAUCAUUCGUGGCCUUGAUGGAAUUAACUUCAUUGGAGCGGAUAUUGUUGAAGUCGCACCAGCAUAUGAUACUAAUGCAGAGUUGACUACCAUGGCUGCUGCCGAUGUUUUGUUUGAGGUCCUCACUAUUAUGACAAAGAAGGGACCCUUGUCGGUCGGUGGCACAACCCAUGAACUGUGA